CGCUUGUUCUGGACACUCACCUCCUUCAUCACCUCCCUGUCCACUCCUGCGCGCGCGAGCGAAUCCACCGCUUUUCUAGCCUCGUUUAUUUUAUUUUAUUGUGUUCCCCCCACGGAUAUUCUGUUGGAUAUCUCUGGACUUCAUGACAGAUAUCGGACGCGCCUGAGGAACGGAGCCAGUUAUGGACCAGAAUCUCUUUGGAGGAGCCCCUCGGUUCCUGACCCGGCCCAAAGCCUUCUCCCUGAGUGUGGGUCGAGAUGCUACCCUCAGUUGCACCGUUGUGGGAACUCCUGUUCCUGCAGUCACCUGGGAAAAAGACAAACUGCGCAUUUCCACUGGAGGGCGCUUCACGACGGUAGAAGAUGGGGAUGUGUAUCGACUCACCAUCUACGACUUGACGCUGGAGGACAGCGGGCAGUACAUGUGCCGUGCCAAGAAUAAUGUCGGUGAAGCUUACGCGGCUGUGACCCUGAAGGUGGGUCCACCGGCGGCAGUGGUCGAUCGGGCGCCGGUGUUUACGGUUAAGCCCGUUUCUACCAGAGUGGGUUUGGGUGGUGAUGUUACCUUCUUCUGCCGCGUGGCAGCUCACCCUGCUCCAAAAUUUGAUUGGGAGAAGGACGGACGUUAUCUUGGUGAGACCAAUCGCAUCAAGAUCACGUCGGACAACGAGUCCAGCUCCGUGCGGAUUCAGAGCGUCAGGAACAUGGACAGCGGCACUUACACCUGCCGGGCUCAGAACUCCAUCGGUCGAGGGCAAGCCGCUGCCGCUCUGGUGGUGGACGCACAGGACCCGCGACUUCUCAACGCUGACAAAAGCACCUCCCUGCUGUCCCACCUGCAGAAGCGCAAAGAGGAGAUGUGUAAGGAUAUUUCUCUCUUCCGCACGGCCGAGAGCUACUCCCAGUCUUUCUCAUCCUCGUCUAAUAUCAUGGAAGGGCUUAGCAAGUUGAGCCUUGCCUCCGAGCAGGAGCAGCGAGUCUCGGCUUUGGCUAGUAAACUGCCCAAAGGCGUCUUCACCCGAACCUGCACGGUGACCGAGGGAAAGCACGCCAAGCUCAGCUGCUUUGUCACCGGCCACCCCAAACCCCAGAUCAUCUGGAGGAAGGAUGGGGUGAACAUCGUUGAAGGUCGUAGGCACGUCAUGUAUGAGGACCAAGCAGAGAACUUCAUUCUCAAAGUCCUGUACUGUAAGCAGAGUGAUAAUGGCCUCUACACCUGUAACGCCUCUAACUUGGCUGGACAAACCUACAGUGCGGUUCUGGUCACAGUGAAAGAGCCAACAGUGCCGUUUAAGAAGAAGCUGCAGGACGUGGAGGUGAAGGAGAAGGAGACGGCCAUGUUGUUGUGUGAGGUGCCCGUGGCAAGUACUCAGACCUCCUGGUUCAUGGAGGAGACACGCCUGGAGCAAAGCACCAAGUACCGCAUGGACCAGGAGGGCACGCUGCGUCUCCUUACCAUCCACAAUGUCACGACCAAUGACGACGCCGUUUACAUCUGCGAAAUGAAGGAAGGGAGCCGCACUGUGGCUGAGCUCACUGUUCUGGGAAACAUCACCAAGAAGUUGCCCAGAAGGACAGUUGUGCCGGUGAGCGAUACGGUGAUCUUCUGUGUUGAGCUCGAGCACCCUGUUGAAGAUGCUUACUGGACCAGGAAUGGAGAGAAGCUGAAGGCAGACUCCAGGGUCAUUAUUGCUCGGACGCUUAAUCAGUACACGCUCACCAUCCGUGACUGCACUGCAGAGGACUCGGGUGAGGUGGCGUUCAUCGCCGGCGACUGCAAGACCUCCACACGAUUCUCAGUUACAGCACCGAGGAAACAUCCUCCUGAUGCCCCUGUCAAACCGAUUGUGUUGAACAAGACGGACAACUCCAUCACGCUGAGUUGGUCUCGGCCAGACACCGAGCGACCUGUCCCCAUCAAUGGCUACGUGGUGGAGAGGCGGAAGGUGGGAGCUCAGACAUGGGUUCGAGUUACGGGCAUGGAUCUUGUGUCUACCAGCCAGUACACCAUCAACAACAUCACAGAGGAGAGCAGCUACCAGUUCCGCAUUUCAGCCGUUAACGAUUUUGGGCAGAGCGCCUAUCUGGAGGUUCCUGGAACAUUUUAUCUUGAGCCGACCGCCUCGGUGACAUCAGGUCUUCGAAACUGCACCGCCGCGUCCGGCGGGGAGGCCACCUUCACUGUGGAGCUCUCUGCAACAUGCUCUGGAAGUUGGACGCUCAAUGGCAAACUGAUCCGCAGCGGCGUUGACUACCUCAUAACUCGCUCGAAGACCACGCACACGCUGGUGAUCAGGCAGGUGACCGAGGCUCUGGAUGGAGCUCAGGUCAAGUUUGUGGGUGGAGGAUCGGAAAGCGUCUGCACUCUAAGUGUAAAAGCUGCUCCAGCAUGUUUUACCAGGAAAUACUCUGAAGUGGACAUCUUCACAUUCAGCGCUCAUUCUUCUGCCCAGCUGUACACAGAGGUCUCGGAUGCCAGUGUCCAGGUCUCCUGGAGGAAGAACGGUAAUGAAUUAAGGACUGGCAAAAAGUACGAAGCCUCCAGUGUGGGAUGUAAACGCACGCUGACCAUUCAUAAUGUCACUCAUGAGGACGCAGGGAUUUAUGAGUGUGUGUGUGACGGUGAUAAGAUGUCCAUCCAGCUCGCUGUUAAAGAGGAAGCAGCGAAGUUUGUGAACAAGCCCAAGACUCAACCCCUGGAGGUUUCUCCCUUGAUGGGUGAUGUGACACUGAGUUGUGAGGUGGCAUCGCCUACAACCACUGUUGUGUGGAAGAAGGAGCAUAAAGAAAUAGCGGAGGACAACAGGGUGACCUUCGUGUCCCAGGGGACACAGAGAAAACUGGUUAUCAAAGGAGCCAAGCAGAGCGAUGAAGGACACUAUUCAUGUGAGACGAGAGAGGACAAGGUCGCAUUCAGGGUCAGAGUACAAGAACCUCAAGCCACAUUCAUCAACAAGGACACCUAUCAGAAGGAGGUGAAAGUUUCUGCCGCUCAGAAAGCCACACUGAGCUGUGAAGUGUCCGACUCCAAAACUGAGGUGAAAUGGUGUAAAGACGGCAAACAGCUGGUCUCCGGUAAGACUGUCCACAUGGAGACGAAGGGCAAAAUCCGUCAACUGGUGUUGGACAGUGUGGAGAAGAAGGAUGCAGGAGAGUACACCUGUGAAGUGGGAAACGAGAAGCUGGUCUUUAAGAUACUUGUGAUGGAAGCUCAAGCUCAAGUGACUUUCAUCAACAAGGACACCUAUCAGAAGGAGGUGAAAGUUUCUGCCGCUCAGAAAGCCAUGCUGAGCUGUGAAGUAUCAGACUUGAAAACUGAGGUGAAAUGGUGUAAAGACGGCAAACAGCUGGUCUCCGGUAAGACUGUCCACAUGGAGACGAAGGGAAAAAUCCGUCAACUGGUGUUGGACAGCGUGGAGAAGAAGGACGCAGGAGAGUACACCUGUGAAGUGGGAAACGAGAAGCUGGUCUUUAAGAUCUGGGUGGAAGAACCUCAAGCCACUUUCAUCAACAAAGACACCUAUCAGAAGGAGGUGAAAGUUUCUGCCGCUCAGAAAGCCACACUGAGCUGUGAAGUAUCAGACUUGAAAACUGAGGUGAAAUGGUAUAAAGACAGCAAACAGCUAAUCUCCAGUAAGACCGUCCACAUGGAGACGAAGGGCAAAAUCCGUCAACUGGUGUUGGACAGUGUGGAGAAGAAGGACGCAGGAGAGUACAUCUGUGAAGUAGGAAACGAGAAGCUGGUUUUUAAGAUUCAGGUGAUAGAGCCUCAAGCAAUUUUCAACAAGAAGGAUUCCUAUCAGAAGGAGGUGAAAGUUUCUGCUUUUCAGAAAGCCACACUGGACUGUGAAGUGUUUGACUCUAAGAUGGAGGUGAAAUGGUAUAAAGAAGGCAAACAGCUGAUCGCCAGUAAGACCGUCCACAUGGAGUCAAAGGGCAAAAUUCGUCAACUGGUGCUUGACAGUGUUGAGAAGAAGGAUGCAGGAGAGUACACCUGUGAAGUUGGAAAUGAAAAGCUAGUUUUUAAAAUUCAGGUAGCAGAACCUCAAGCCACUUUCAUCAAUAAGGACACCUAUCAGAAGGAGGUGAAAGUUUCUGCCUCUCAGAAAGCCACGUUGAGCUGUGAAGUAUCCGACUCCAAAACUGAGGUGAAAUGGUAUAAAGAUGGCAAACAGCUGAUCUCCAGUAAGACCAUCCACAUGGAGACGAAGGGCAAAAUCCGUCAACUGGUGUUGGACAGUGUGGAGAAGAAGGACGCAGGAGAGUACACCUGUGAAGUGGGAAAUGAGAAGCUGGUCUUUAAAAUUCAGGUGGCGGAGCCUCAAGCCACUUUUAUCAACAAGGACACCUAUCAGAAGGAGGUGAAAGUUUCUGCUUCUCAGAAAGCCACGCUGAGCUGUGAAGUAUCAGACUUGAAAACUGAGGUGAAAUGGUAUAAAGACGGCAAACAGCUGAUCUCCGGUAAGACUGUCCACAUGGAGACGAAGGGAAAAAUCCGUCAACUGGUGUUGGAUAGUGUGGAGAAGAAGGACGCAGGAGAGUACACCUGUGAAGUAGGAAACGAGAAGCUGGUCUUUAAGGUUCAAGUGGCAGAACCUCAAGCCACUUUCAUCAAUAAAGACACCUAUCAGAAGGAGGUGAAAGUUUCUGCUUCUCAGAAAGCCACGCUGAGCUGUGAAGUGUCCGACUCCAAAACUUGGGUGAAAUGGUAUAAAGACGGCAAACAGCUGGUCUCCGGUAAGACCGUCCACAUGGAGACGAAGGGAAAAAUCCGUCAACUGGUGUUGGACAGUGUGGAGAAGAAGGACGCAGGAGAGUACACCUGUGAAGUGGGAAACGAGAAGCUGGUCUUUAAGGUUCAAGUGGCAGAACCUCAAGCUACUUUCAUCAACAAAGACACUUAUCAAAAGGAAGUGAAAGUUUCUGCCUCUCAGAAAGCCAUGCUGAGCUGUGAAGUGUCAGACUUGAAAACAGAGGUGAAAUGGUACAAAGACGGCAAACAACUGAUCUCCAGUAAGACCGUCCACAUGGAGACAAAGGGAAAAAUCCGUCAACUGGUGUUGGACAGUGUGGAGAAGAAGGACGCAGGAGAGUACACCUGUGAAGUAGGAAAUGAGAAGCUGGCCUUUAAGGUUCAAGUGGCAGAUGCCCCUGCUAAAUUCCAGAAGAAAUCCAGUAUAAAAGAAACUAUUGCUGUGCAAGAAACAGAGAAUAUUGUCCUGACCACUGUAACAACAACAGAAAAUGCUAAUAUUAGUUGGUUCAGGGACGGCGUAGAGCUGAAGGAGGGUAAUAAGUAUGAAAUGAAGAGAGAAGGUUUGUCUCAUGUCCUUAUCAUUAAAUCCUCUGAAGCGAAGGAUACAGGCACUUACAUGUGUAAGACAGCUGAGGACAAGAUGGAAUUCCAAGUUCAGAUAAAAGAAUCUCCACUGAAGUUUGUUGUUGGUUUAGAGCCAGUUUCUGUUGUCCUGGGCAGCACCAUGACACUGUCCUGCCAGCUAAAUCGAGCUGCAGGGGAUGUGCUCUGGAGACACAACAGCAAAGAAAUUAAGCCUGGCGGCAGAUAUGUCAUACGUGCUGACGGAGCUCAACGUUUACUAACCGUGUCUUCUGUAGUCCAGGAAGACGAAGGAGAGUUCAGUUGCGAAUGCAAAGAUGACAAGACUAGUGCUAAGAUUACCACUAAAGCUCCACGUUUGGUGAAGUUCUUGUCCAAGUUGAACAAUGUCGUGGCAAACGAAGGCAAGGAUGCCAUCUUCAAGUGUUCCAUCACUCCUGCAGAUGUGAGCUUGAGAUGGCUGUUUAAUAACGUGCCCGUCACCUCUGGGCCCAAAUUCAAGAUCGCUCACGGAGGCACCAGCCAUUCGCUCACGAUCACUGCAGUAACACUAGAGGAUGUGGGAGAAAUCAGCGUGGACGCUGAAGGGAAAGUGUGUAAAGCGACUCUGCAAGUGCAAAAGCUCCCUGUAAUGAUCAUUAGGAAGCUGGAGAACAAAACUGUCCAAGAGCAGGACACUGUGGAGCUCGAGGUUGAACUGAGUAGGCCAUCCACUGAGGUCAAGUGGAUGAAGAACGGCAUUGUGCUGCAGCCUGAAGGGAAUCUAAAUAUUAAAGUUGAUGGAGUUAAACAGACUCUGAUCUUUAAGAGUGUAACCUGCGCUGACCGAGGCUUUUACUCUUGUGAAACUCUGGAUGAUAAGACUCAGGCCAAACUGACUGUAGAAAAGAAGAAGAUCCAGGUUGUAAAGGGCUUGAAAGAGAUGAAAGUCCAUGAACAGGAGACGGUAACAAUGGAAGUGGAGCUCAGUCAGCCUGAUGUGGAAUCUUUCUGGACCAAAGAUGGCCAAAAACUGAGGGCAAAUCCCAAAAUCCUCAUGACAACUCGGGGUAAUAAACAUUCCUUGACCAUGUCCCAGCUGAAGAUAGAAGACAGUGGGAUGAUCUCUUUCCAGGCAGAAGGUGUUCACACCUCAGCAAAACUCAUCGUCACUGAACCUCCUGCAAAAAUCCUCAGACCGUUAGAAGAUGUGACUACUCCGGAAAAGGAAAAAGCCACCUUUGAGUGUGAAGUGUCCCGAGCGAAUGCUGAUGUGAAAUGGUUUAAGAAUGAAGAGGAACUGAAACCAGGAAAGAGAUACAUGAUUCAUUCCCAAGGUUGCAAGCGUAGCCUCCUCAUCCAGAAGUGUACAUAUGAAGACCAAGGCUUGUAUGUGUGCAAAACAACGGAUGACAACACAUCAGCCAAGCUGACCGUUCAUGCCCGUGAUAUCAAGAUUAUUAAGCAGCUACAGGAUUUGAAAGUGACUGAGAAAGAGAGUGCGGCGUUUGUCUGUGAGGUGUCACACGACGAAGUGGAGGGUCAGUGGUUUAAGGAUGACAUCAAACUCAAAGCUGGGGACAACAUCAAGAUGAGACAAGAAGGAAGAACAUAUGUUCUACUCUUCAAAUCCGUGAAGCCUGAAGAUGCUGCUGAAAUCAAGUUUGUGGCUGAAAAGGCCUCAUCAGUGGCUAAGCUCACAGUCAGAGAAUUGCCUGUGAGAUUCGUGAAGAAGCUCAGAGACAAAAUUGCCAUGUACAAACACCGGGGGCAUUUAGAGUGUCAGGUGUCUCGAGCCAGUGCCACGGUUACAUGGUAUAAGAACAAGGACAAGAUCGAAGCCAACAAGAAGUACGAGAUCUCCAGCGAGGACGUGUAUCGCAAGCUCACCAUCAAUGACGUGGACUCUGGGGACGAGGCCAUGUACACAUGUGAUGCAGUUGAUGAAAAGACAUCGUGCAAGCUGCUUGUGGAGGAACAGGCCAUCAGCAUAGUCAAGGAGCUUAACUCGGUGGAAGUGACCGAACCGUUUGCAGCUCAUUUCGAAGUGGAAAUCAGCAUAGAAACGAUUAAGCCUGUAAAGUGGGCCUUGAACGGGGAAAUCCUGAGCGAGAGCAGCGAUGUUGACAUCGAGAAGGAAGGAACAAUGCAUCGCCUCACGAUUAAGAAGACCAAAGCGUCCAUGUCAGGAACUGUGCAGUUCACCGCCGGGAAAAGCAAAUCAACUGCUCAGCUCAUGGUCAAAGAGCGUCCUAUCGAGGUGGUCGUGCCCUUGAAAAAUGUGACCAGCCAAGAAAAGGCCUCAGUCAAGCUGUCAUGCAGGCUGUCCGCUGUUCCUAAAGAAGUGUGUUGGUUUAAGGGUCAAACUGCUCUGGAGGCGUCCAGCAAGUAUAUCAUGAAACAAAGUGCCGCUGAAGUGCAGCUGCUCAUCCAGGCAUUGAGUCCAGACGAUGCUGGCGAGUAUCGCUGUUGUGUUGGGACCUGUGAGACCAAAGCCACUCUCACUGUUGAAGUGCGUAAAGUUCAGAUCACCAAGAGCUUGACUGAUGUGGACGUCGAUGAAGGUGGUGAUGCUGUGUUUACCUGUGAGGUGAAUUAUGCUGACGAGGAAGCAGAGUGGUUCCUCAACGACAAGGCACUGUUCAACAACGAGGUUAACAAUGUUCAACAUGUGAAUAAGACUCAUACCCUCACACUCAAGAACCUGGCACCUCAAGAUGGUGGGAAGAUCACUUUCAAGAUUAGAGAAGAAAAGCAGACCGUCUGCCUGAAUGUCAAAGAAAAGAAAGCCGUUUUCCUUAAGCUGCUUGAUGACGUGAUUGGAGAAGAAAAAGGCACUGUAACUCUGAAAUGUGAAGCCUCAAAGCCAACAGUGUCCCCGAUUUGGCGGAAAGAUGGCACCAUCCUUUCGGCAGACCGCAAGCAUGAAUUGUUGCAUGACGGCAGGAUCCUGGGUCUGACGAUCCGGGAUGUUGCGCAGACGGAUGCCGGGGAGUACAGCUGUGAUCUUGGUACAGAUCUUACGAAAUCAAAGGUCACCAUUAGAGACAUCAGCAUUGGCAUCACAAAACGCUUGAAGUCUGUGGAGGCUACAGCCGGUGAGACCUGCGUGUUUGAGUGUAUCCUCUCUCGAGAAUGCUCAGACGCAUGCUCAUGGAGCCUGAAAGGCCAACCUGUGACCAACGGAGGCCGUUUCCAGAUUAGCAGCAAAGGACGCAAGCACACGCUUAGUAUCAAAGGAGUGACUGGGUCAGACUCCGGGGAGCUUGUUUUCACUCUCAAGGACUUGAACUCGAGAGCAACGUUGGCUGUUAAAGGCGAAAUUCCUACUUUCUCUAAAGAGCUCCAGGAUGUUAGCAUUGCUCCUGGAGAAGAUGCUGUAUUCUUCUGUGAGCUCUCUCAGGCCGGCUUGGAUGUCAUCUGGUGUAAGAGUGGAAAGUCGAUCCAAAAGAGUCUAAAGUAUGAGAUGAUUCGGGAAAAUAAGGUCGUGAAGCUGAUUGUUCACAGUGUUACUGCUAAGGAUGCUGGAGGAUACAGCUGUGAGGUGACCGGUGGGCCAACCUCAAAAGCUCAACUGGAAAUCAAAGUUCUUCCUGCUGUUUUCACUCGUGGGUUGGAGGACCAGAAGGCUUUGGAGAAGGAAAGUGUUACCUGGUGCUGCGAGCUGUCUAAACCAGGUAUACCGGUUCAGUGGCGCAAAGGAGAAGUAGACCUUUGUUCUUGCUCCAAAUAUGAAUUCCGGCAAGACGGCCAACUCGUCCAGUUGAUAAUCCGUGACGUUGACCCUGAAGAUUCUGGAGACUACACCUGUGACUGUGGAGAUCAGAAAACUACAGCACACCUAGAAGUAAAGGCACUACCCAUUCUGUUUAAAAUCCCUCUGAACAAGCUGGAAGCUGAAGUGGGGGAAACCGCUCUAUUCCGGUGUGAACUUACCAAACCAGGAGCACCUGUAGUGUGGAGAAAAGAUCAGAAGAUUCUCCAAUCCAGCAACAAGCACCAUUUAAGGCAGGACGGCGCAGUGGUCGAGCUAGUCAUCUACAAGCUCCAGGAAGCAGACUCAGGAGAGUAUUCCUGUGAUUCUGGGUAUGAAACGACUUCUGCCCAACUCACGGUAAAGGAACUUGACAUUACUAUUGACACCGGGCUGAAGAGCUGCAUCAUUAAUGAAGGAGAUGACGUGACCUUUGAGUGCUUUGUAUCUCAUGACGGCGCCCAGAAUGUGAACUGGGAACUUCAGGGUGUUCCUCUCCAGAGCAACGAGAUGAACGUAAUCCAAGUGGAAGGCAAAAGGCACUCGCUCACUCUAAGGAGCGUGACUGAGAAAGACUCGGGCACCGUGUCCUUCCAUGUGGGGAGCCACACUUCGUUUGCUUGUCUCACGGUUAAAGCUGUCCCUGUGGUCCAAUUUACAAAAGACUUGAAGAACCAGGAAGCCGUAGAAGGAGAUGAAGCUACAUUAUCCUGUGAAACUUCGACCCCUGAUGCCCAAGUGACCUGGAAGAAGGACAGAAAAGUAAUUUCUGAAGGAGACAAGUACUCCAUUCAGAAAAAUGGCACAAUCCAAACUCUGGUGAUCUACCAGCUAACAGUGGGCGAUGCUGGAGAAUACGUGUGUGAAGUCGGAGACAAACAAACCAAAGCCACUUUGAGUGUCAAAGAACGUGUACGAAUUACAAGAGAACUUACCGACGUCACAGUGACCACUCGCGAGGACGCCGUGUUCCAUUGUGAGGUGUCCCAGACAGGAGUAACUAAUGUCGAAUGGUGGCUAGGCUCCAAUCACCUCCAGAACAAUGACUUGAAUCAGAUCAGCAGCCGAGGGAGGGAACACAGCCUAGUGUUAAAAAUGGUCACGCCUGAUGAUUCAGGCGACGUGGCCUUUGUUGUUGGCUCUGAGAGGACUGUCGCUUCCUUGGUGGUGAAGGCGAAACCCAAAGAAUCCCCAGUCAUCUUCCGCAAGGAAUUGGAGAACCAAGAUGCUGUCGAGGGUGACAUGGUUACGCUCCGCUGUGAACUUUCUAAGCCCGGCGUUAACGUAGAGUGGCGUAAAGGGGGAGUAGUCCUGCAACCUGGUAAGAAGUUUCAGCUGAAGCAAGAGGGAUGCAUACAAGAGCUUUACAUUAACGACCUGAAACCAGAGGACAGCGGCUAUUACACUUGUGAUGCUGGAAAUCAGUUAACAACAGCUUCGGUUUCAGUGCAAGAGGCUGAGGUACUCAUUGUGUCUGGUAUAAAAAGCACUGAUGUCUUUGCGGGAGAGCAGGCAGUGUUCACCUGCCAACUGUCUCGCCGUGCCAAAGGGAGAGUCCAGUGGUGGCUGGAUGGCACCCGUUUGGAGAACAGUCCCUUCAGUAUUAUUGGGGUGGGUGAAGACAAUAUUCACACCCUCACCCUAAAGAACCUGGCGCCAAGCGACUCGGGCACCGUCCUGUUCAAAACAGGAAGCUUGACGUCCUCGGCUAGGCUGUUAGUUAAAGAUCCUACUGUGGAGGUAGUCAAUGCCAUGGAGGAUAUCAACAUAGCAGAAAACCAACCUGCAGAGUUCAUCUGCCAGUUCUCAAGGCCAGUCAGGGCCAUAUGGAAGCAAAACGGGCAGCCCGUGCAACCUGACGGCCACAGGCUUAUAGUGGAGCAAGACUGGACUGUAGCGCGGUUGUACAUUAGCCGGGUAACCGCACAGGAUGUGGGUGUAUACUCCUGUGAGGCAGAAGGGACCCGUGUUGAGGCACACCUGAGGGUGCAAGCUAAACCCAUUGAGAUCAUUCAAGGUCUGGAUAACGUGGAGACCAUUGAAGGUGGUGAGGCACUUUUUGAGUGCUCCCUAUCCGUCCCUGAAUCUAAAGACUGCCGGUGGUUGGUUGAUGGAAAACCUGUGAAGGAGUCUGGAAAAGUGGAAAUCGUUUGCUUCGAGAAUGGUCGACGCCACCUUUUGCUGCUAAAGGACUUGAGAGCUGGAGAUAACUGUACAGUAACUUUUCAAGCUGGCACCGCCUCCACCUCUGCCCUUCUCACAGUCAAAGGGUGGCAACUGGAAGUGGUGAAACCUUUGGAGGACAAGACCAUUGUAGUUGGAGAGCAGGUGGAGUUCACUUGUGUUCUGAAUGAGCCUGUACCAGAGAAAGAUGUGAAUUGGUAUGCUAAUGGUUCAGAACUUCGGCCAGAUGACAUUUGGGCGAUGAAGAACAAUGGAUGUGCAUGCACCCUAAUUCUGAAAAAAGCCCUUGUCCGGUCACCACUAGAGAUCACAUUUGCUGCUCAGGAUGCCAUUUCAGUAGCUAAGCUUGUGACUAUUGGUGUACCGGACCCCCCUGAGGAUCCAGAGCUGGUCACUAAGGGACCAACCUCAGUGACUCUGUCUUGGUUCACACCUCUCAGUGAUGGCGGAAGCCCAAUCCUGGGAUAUCGCGUAGAGACGCGGCAAGUGGACAGUGCUCUCUGGCAGCCCUGCCAUGCCGAACCAGUGUGCAAUACUGAGUUUACUGUGGAAAACCUUAUUCCUGGCUCUGGAUACAGGUUCCGGGUGGCAGCUAUAAACCGUGCUGGUAUUGGUGACUCUGUCCAGCUUCCUCAAACCGUUACACUUGAUGCACCAGUGACCAUUGCCAAGAAAUUGAGCGUCUCUGAGCUCCAGAAGGGUAAGAUUGGCCGUCUGGAAUGUGAGCUUUCGUCUGAGAAUAAGCACGUCAUCUGGCAAAAAGAUGAUCAGGAGAUUGAAAUGGGUGCCAAAUACCAGGCGGGCACAGAGGGCAAAUCCCAAAUUUUGCUCGUUAAGGACUUUCAGCCUGCUGACCAGGGGAAGUAUACUUGUGUGGUCUCAGCAGAAGUGAAAAGCUUGAUAAACCUUGAACUUGAAGGAGACACCACAGUGCCUGAGGAUGGUGGCCAGCCUGGCUUGCCCCCUGAGGCUGCCUCUGAGGGUGAUCUGCAUGUUUUGUGGGAUGCUCUGGCCAAAAAACGGAGGAUGAGCAGGGAACCCACACUGGACUCCAUUUCAGAGCUGCCAGAAGAAGAUGGUAAAGAGAAGAUACAAGAUCAGGAGGGUAAAGGUGUGGAGAAGGAGCAAAUCAAAGACACGGUGAAGCCCAUAGAAAUUAAGCCGGAGCUGAAUCUCUAUACCAGUUCUGAAGACGAGUCCCUUAGCGGAACUUCAAGUCUUGUGGCUUACCUUAAAAAGAGCAGCAAAUCUGCUGUAGCAAUCAGCGAAACGGAAACGACUGCAUCUCAGAAGCUUUAUGAACAUUUUCAAAUGACUGAGAAAUCGGUGCAGCAGACAAUGGCUGCACCGCCAUUCGAAAUCCUUAAGGAUGAAAAGGAUGAGCUGCAGGAAGCAGCCAUCAAAAUCCAAGCCGCCUUUAAAGGCUACAAAGCUAGAAAGGACAUGCGUCCUGCCUUUAAGGAGGUCUUUAAGGACCAGAACAAAGAACCGAAUACGACCAUUCAUCUUGAGUGUAUUGCGGACGGUAAGCCAGACAAAGUCCGUUGGCUGAAGGACGGUAAACCGCUGGUAGAUGGCAAACACCACCACAUCGACAUAUACAAUGAUGGGACUUGCUCUCUGAUUGUGCCAGCCGCUACAACUAACGAUACUGGAAUGUACACUUGUGAGGUCACAAAUAAGUAUGGCGUCGCAUCCCACAGUGCAAAAGUCGUCAUUGGCUCCGUGCGAGAGUCGUCUGGACGUCGUCCACUAACACUUGGUUAUAGCGCGGACAGUGAGCCCGAGAGCUCCGGCAGUGAGAUGGACGAGUCUUUGAGACAGGCGAGCAGAAGGCUUCAGAAGCUGCUUCGUACGCGUCUCCAACCAAACGUGGAGGAGGAACCUUUCGUAAGUGCAGACGAGGGUGACCUGCAGCCUCCGGAUCCGCAUUCAUAUCGCGAAGAUGACAGCUACAUCUACAUCCGUUUCGACAGCCGCAGCGAAGCUCAGGUUGCAUCCCAGCGGUUCCAGGAGAUGUUUACGCACCAGGGUGUGCCAGUGGACACCACCAUUAUCGAAACCGGCACUAAGAUAGAACUUCGCAUCAAGAAGAUGGGAUUCAACCAAGAUGGUUCCCAAACCCCAACUGAAGAAAAGCCACUUUUCGUCUCCGCGGCCCCAGUCUUCCUGACGCAGCUCCAAAACCAAGAAGUCCCAGACGGAUACCCGGUCAGCUUUGAUUGCGUGAUCAUCGGCAAACCCCCUCCCAGCGUGCGGUGGUUCAAAGACGGAAAAGUGCUACAAGAAGAUGACCAUUAUAUGAUCAACGAAGACCAGGAGGGCUGCCAUCAAUUGAUCAUUACAACUGUACGGCCACUGGACAUGGGCGUGUACCGCUGCGUGGCUGAAAAUGACAGUGGCAUUGCUUCCAGCAAGGCGGAGCUUAGGGUGGAAAUGUCUUGCAGUUCUGACUAUGACACAGCAGCUGACGCCACAGAAACGUCUUCGUAUAUUAGCGCAAAAGAUUAUGUCUCAAGUUCUGAGCACAGAGACACAGAGGCGUUUGAGUCAGUUGUGGAGGACGAGCAGCUUCCUCAAGUGGUGGACGAGUUACAUGACCUCUAUCUGAGUCCUGGAGCGCCUAAUGCCAAGAUGAGCGUCAGAGUCAAAGGAUUCCCCACUCCAAAAGUUUACUGGUUCAAGGACGGCGUGGCGCUGACACCCACAGACAGGGUAUUGCUGUCGACAGAGAGAGACGUGUACAGUCUGGAGAUUGUGGAGGUGAAGUAUGAAGAUAGCGGCGAAUAUUCAGUCUACAUCAGCAACCCAGCUGGAGCAACCUACUCCUCCGCACGCAUGGUUGUGCUUGGUCCCGGAGAUCGCAUACCUGAGACUCUGAAGAUUAGAGACUCCAAAGAGCCACUGGUACCGCCACGUUUUCUGGAGAAGUUCUGCAACCGGACUGUGAAACAAGGAGCGAGCAUCACCCUGUCUGUCAAAGUGGAAGGCUCUCCAACUCCCUCCGUGAACUGGCUGAAGGAAGAAGCACUCAAGGACGUUUUGUGGAUUAAAGCAGACACGCCCGGAUACAAGAUCGCCAGCUCCGGCUUCCAGCACAGCCUGAUUCUGAUGGAUGUAGGGAAGGAGCACAGUGGCACCUACACCUGCAUCGCCAGCAAUCGCGCUGGCCAGUCGGUCAACACCGCCCGCCUGGACGUGGACCAAGGUUUGACCACUUUCCCAGCAGGACAGCAGAGCAUCGUUAAACCAGAUAUUUGUGGGAUCACAAUCAGCCCGCCAGAUGAAGAAGGCAAAGGAGAGCCCAAACUGCCCUACCUGCCCGGAGUCGAUACUGCCGAAUUCUUACAGAAGCUCACCUGCCAGAUCACGGAGAUGGUCUCUGCCAAGAUCACACAAGACAGCUUACAGAACCAUCAAGUGCUCCAGUGGAUGAAAACAUGGCCCAAAGUGACCACCUCAUUACGUGUGCCUGGAGCUGAUAGCGAUGAUGAGAGUAAGACUCCAUCUCCGUCUCCUUACCAUGGCCGCUCGCGUCCUGCUUCGCUGAUCGCCGACUCUUCCUCGGAAUCCGACGAGGGUGACGCCCGAGGAGAGAUGUUCGACAUCUAUGUAGCGAUAGCGGAUUAUAACCCCAUGGGGCAGAGUAAAGAGAGCAUUGCUCUAAAGGAAGGGCAGUACGUUGAGGUCCUGGACUCGGCUCAUCCGCUCAAAUGGCUUGUGCGAACUAAACCCACCAAAACCACGCCCUCGCGUCAAGGCUGGGUCUCUCCUGCAUACCUGGACAAGAAGCUGAAAAUUUCUGCAGAUACAGGAGAAGUCCCAGAGACCACAGGAGAGGAGGUCACUGAGGGAGAGUACAAAAGGAAGCUCUGCCAACUCCUCCAGGAGCUCAUUUCCAGUGAGAAGGAGUUUGUGAAGGAGAUGGACUUUGUUACAUCGCACCACCUGAAGCAUAUUGACGAGGAGAGCACCCCGCCCGAAAUCCGCACUCACAAGGACGCCAUCUUCCGCAACAUUAAUGACAUCAGUUCAUUCCACAGCAGCUCUUUUCUUCCUGGGCUGGAAGACUGUGACACAGAUGACGACAUCGCCAUGCGCUUCCUGAAAAACACAGAAGGAUUUGAGAACUAUCUGCAGUACUUGGUAGGUCAGGCUAAGGCCCAGGCUACCAUUAGUGAGAAAGAUGUCCACCACUAUUUCAAGAAAUACACAGAUUCAGAGCUGGCAAAUGUGGAUCCUGCAGAAGGUCCGGUUCUGAGUGUGAACAGUUAUCUUCAGAGACCACUGGACAGAAUUCUGAAAUACAAGGACCUCUUAAAGGAGAUGAUUAAGAAUAAGGCGAGGAACGGACAGAACUGCUGCCUUCUAGAAGAGGCCUACGCCAUGGUUUCUUCUCUUCCCACGCGCUCGGAAAACACGCAUCACGUCUCCCUCAUCGAGAACUACCCCGCCAACCUGGAAGCGUUAGGAGAGCCCAUCAGACAGGGACCCUUCAUAGUGUGGGAGGGCGCUCCAGGAGUCCGAACCUCUUCAAGAGGCCAUCACCGUCAUGUCUUCCUCUUCAAAAACUACAUAAUCAUCUGCAAACAGAAACGAGACACGAACUCGGACAUCCAAACCUACACAUUCAAGAACAUGAUGAAGCUCACCAACAUUGACGUGAACGAGGUUGUGGAAGGAGAUGAGAGGGCGUUCGAGAUCUGGCACGAACGUGAGGAGUCGGUGAGGAAGUACACGCUGCAAGCUCGCACCGUCAUUCUGAAGAACUCCUGGCUCCGUGAACUCCGUAACCUCCAGCAGCGCUACAGCAUGCCAGCAUGGAGUCCACCAGACUUUGAGGCAGUGCUGACUGACUGCACAGCAGAAUUGGGACAGACGGUCAAACUGGCUUGUAAAGUCACAGGAUCUCCGAAACCCGUUGUGGCCUGGUUUAAAGACGGCCGUGCCGUAGAGGUUGAUCCCCACCACAUCAUUAUCGAGGACCCUGACGGUUCCUGCACCCUCAUCCUGGAUAACUUGACCGCUGAUGACUCUGGCCAGUACAUGUGCUUUGCCACCAGCGCUGCAGGAAAUGCCAGCACCCUGGGCAAGAUUACAGUACAGGUACCACCACGCUUUGUCCACAAGUUAAGGAACGUUGCCUUGAUGGUGGGAGAAGAUGCCCAGUUUACUUGCACAAUACUAAGUGCCCCGCGUCCAAAAAUAAGGUGGUUUAAGGACGGCAAGCUGCUAACAGACCAGGAAAAAUAUCAGACAUACAGUGAGCCACGUAGUGGGGUGGUGGUUUUUGUUAUUAAGAACCCUGGAGAGAAAGAUCUUGGGCGUUAUGAAUGUGAGUUGUCUAACCGGCUGGGUAACGCAAAGUGUGCAGCAGAGCUGGUUCUUCCUACCAUAGCGAUGGCAGGAGGAGAGCAGGCCAUCUCCAUUGAAGUUACAGAGCAAGAGACUAAACUACCAAAGAAAACUAUCAUCAUAGAGGAGACGAUCACCACUGUCGUGAAGAACACUCGAAUGAAGCGGCACGCGUCUCCCCGCACGUCCUCUUUGGGAGUUUACCGCUCCGAAGCCUCCACCCCUGAACCCCCACGUCAGAGAAGGACGCUGCCUAGAAAAACCGUCCCCACUCUGUACGUCACAGAACCAGAGGGCACUGCGGCCAAGAACCCCAAAUGGGUCGAGGUGGAGGAAAUAAUCGAGUAUAAAGUGAACAAAUCACCAAAGCUGCCAAGGAGAAGAGGCACUUCCCCCAGCAAGAGACAACCACCUGAGAAUCCUAACGUUAACAACUCCAACAACAAGUUAGCAGAGGCGGUGCAAAUGUCCGGAGCUGGUGUGGAUUCUUGGGAAGCUGAGGCAACAAACGAGUCGGGAAUGUUGGAUUCUCCAGAAGUUGAGGUGGUGGAUUUUGAUGAGCCGUGCGUCUUGACUGAAAUGGACUCUGACACAGAAGAUAUUCAGGCAUGUAGUAAAGAAAUCUUAGACGAGGGGAAUAAAGUGUUCUCUCUGGAAGACCUGGAGGAUUACGUUCCUAAAGAGGGUGAGACAUUUGGUUGCGGAGAUUCAGACGUACCUGAAGAGAAACCAUGUGAAAUUUCUGUUCUGCAACGAGAAAUUAACGAACCCACCGUCGGCCAACCUGUCCUGCUAAACCUGGGCCACCCAAUAGCGAGCCCGAAAGUCCGUCCUGGGUUCUUCAGUCGCUUCAAGGAGCACUUCUCUAAUGUAUUUUCCGACCCCUCUCCAGCUGGACCAAGCAGAGAGAAGGUUGUCCCGAUCCGUGUCAGCGGGGUGUCCUACAGCCAGUCUACCGCCAUUCCUGGAUUGUCGAGAAGUCACGGAAAGGUGGAAGUAACUCAAAGGUACUGCUCCGAGGUUCAGCGGGGGACGGCUGGCGGUCAGCAGAGCUUCAAAGCCCAAAUCUCUGCAUCAGUUGGACACCCGGUCACCGUUCAGAUUCCCAAGAUGAACCAGUCUGGAAAACCGUAAUCAAGAAGAAACCAAUAGACAGAGACUCGAAAAUAUCGCUACCUAAUGUGCCUGUCUUGUCUUAAAGCCUUGUCAUCUUUUCCUUGACUAGUUACUUACUUCUAGCUCUGGCUUUUGUGAUGAAAUUAAUUUCAAGUACAAAGGAAAGAGCAUCGCCAGUCUCCAUACUUCAUCACUGGUUUGAGUCGAGCAGGAACGUAUGCGAGAAAGGUGACCUCGGUUAACACCUGAUAUUAUGAAUUAGCAAAAGUUUCUCGCUCACUGUGUAUUUUGAACAAGCCACAAUGUUUGCAAUCUACAGUUUGAUGAGUGUACACACUUUGUGCACACUUCUGUCAGCUUCCUGCUACCUACCUUUUCUAGCACUAGCACUGUCAAUGUUUUACUCGAUCGAAAUGAACCGUCUUUCCCUAUCAAAGGAUUUCCCUGACAUGGUUUGUUCUAAUUUCCUAAACACAUCACAAAACAUUGACAUCGACAUGACAUUGUUCAUGUUAUCAGAUGUUUGCGAAGAAGUCUGAAACGACAAAGCAUUAGAAGUGUUAGCUCGGCUGGUGUCUCUGUUCUGCUCAUGUACCUUCAUGUUGCAUAGUUUCGGACUUUCAGCAUCCAGUCAUCUUUUACUUGUUUGCUAACAUCUGAUAACCUUAGCGAAAAUGUAAAAUCUGUUCACGCUGUUUUUUGUGAUUUGUUUAGGAAAUUUCAACAAAACAUAUAAUAUUUAGAAGGGAAACGUAGUCCGUUUUCAUUUAUUAGCCUGGCGUCUCGGCCAACAUUUUAGCUAUUUUUUCUAGCUAAUAAUUUCAGUUAAUUGAUUCUCUCUUUUUCAUCACCGUGGAAGUGUUCAGCAUUUUUUUCCUUUUGCUUUUAUUUUAUUUUCAUUUUCUCUUUGAGGUUUUUUUUUUUGGUUGGUUGAAGCUGAACUGAUGAGUAGAGUUUCAGGUUUGAGCAGUAAAAAAAAUGGGAUCAUUCCAUAUUUUCCUGAAGGUCCUUGCUUGAAAUGCCCUCGCUUAGGGCAACUAGGGGCAAAAACUAAGUCAGAUACACUGAGAAUGGGUUGAGUCUUGGAUGGUCAAUCAUGGUAACUUGAUUUAACGUGUUCUGGUGUAUCGUAACAAAAUGCCAUGAUGAAUAAGCGUCAUGAAUAAGCGUAAAAUGGUACCUGACUAGAUCCAGCUGCUGCACUUGCUACACACAACCUUAUCAGUGUUGUGGCAUGUUACUGUGUACCUUUAAACUUACACCAAGGUGUAAUUGAUAAGCUGGUGAUUAUACUCUAUAUUAUGUAUAAUAAUUGAAGCUCUGAUGAACGUGUGAUUUUUAGGGAUUUUAGGAAUACACAGACAAGUUCAGUAACACUGCAUGUUUUGAAAGCGUGUCCAAACGCAUUUCCAUACCGUAUUUAUGAUUCUCUUUUUGUGCAGCAAUGAGAAAUCCGAGUAUCUAUCCUUUAUCUAUCUCGCAUAAUAGUCACUGCAGAAAUUUGCUUCAGCUUGAACUAGGAUAGGUUUGAGGUUGCAAAAUCUCUUGGCAUGGGUUUUAUUUAUUAAUGGAGAAAUCCUAUAGAAGGAACUUUCCUCUGAUCUCUGUACUACGUUUUACUGAACUGGUGUUUGAUCUGUUUUCUGAAAUACAGAGAAAUUGUGUUUUAACCAAAUCCAUGUGGGGGGGUGUUUGUGUGUGUGUGUGUGUCAGGGAAAAGUAAAGAAAUCUAACUUAAUCGACUGUAAAUGAGAAAUAAUAAAAAAGUGUGUCCUGCUGAGUGUUCGUAAAAUUGUAUUUUUCUCUUCACGUUGCUUUCAAGACACUUGUGUUUUCUUGUUCUGUAAGAGUGUGAGUUUUACAGCCAUAACGUGUGAAAUUUGGCCCUCUCUGGUAGGAACUGGUCAUUGCAGAACAACAUUUUGCGACAUUUAGCGUUCCAAACUACAUAAUCCACACUAAGUAGUGUGCCUAAAAAGGCUUUUUUUUUUGUCAGUAACUUUCUUGGUACUAAUUGAUCACAAGUCUGGUGUCAUUCAUGAGCAUGCUUUACAAAUCAUUAUACACAGUAUUUUGUUUGCUUGUGGGGUUAGUGAUAUAUUUUUAAUUCACUUAGCCUCGUUUCUCACUGUGUGACAUCCCUGUGUUGACUGAAGCUUUUAAGCCAAACUGAAGAGUAUGAAUUUUUAACAAUGCAGUAUAUUACGGGAUCAUUCCAUAAUCCGUUUUCUCGAAGAUCCCGAAAUGUUCUAAAUAGGGGCAAAAAUUUGAGUAAGAUGUACAUUGAGUCUUGGAAUGUGUUAAUUGUGUAUAUUUUAUCUAACAUCUCCUGGUAUUUCAUAUCAGAACGAAUACACAUCCUUGGUAUUACCAUUAAUGUUGUUAAUAACGAGAUCGUAGCGCACAUGACAUCAGUGUUGCAGUGAAAUGGUGUUGGCACAUCACUGUAUACCUGUAAAGUUCACCUGUAUAACGGGUGCAAUUAAUAAACCCAUGAUUAUACUCCAUAUGCUCUAUUUAAAGAUUCAUUUUGACUGAUUCAUGCUUUAAAUCAUGCAAACAAGUUUGUGUUUGAUACUGCAUGUAGCAUAUCCAAAUGCAUUUCUGUAAUCUUUUUUUUUUUGUGGAAAUUCUCUUGUUUGCUGCAUGGAGAAAUCCGAGUAUCUAUUCUCUCUCUCUAUCUUGGAUAAUAAUUCCUUAAGAGAUUUGAUUCAGGUAUGAUUGUGCUUGCAAAAUCUCUUGGCAUGAGUUUUAUGUCGGUACUACAUUUUACUGAACUGGUAUUUGAUGUGUGUUCUAAAUUGCAGCUCCAAAGGAAUUGUGUUUUAACUAAUUACAUGUUUUUUGUGACAAGUAAAGGCACCUUGCUUAAAUUAAUCGAGAUGAAAAAUUUCAACUUUGAAGGUUUGAAUCCUGCUCAUUUACAAGUACUAAACUGAAAGUACUAAACUCUCAAAAUUGCUUUUGUCUUGUCUUGUACUGUUAGACUUUGACAUUUUAUGGUAUUUUGAGAAAGGAAUGUUAGUCUGGAUAAAUGUUCAUUUGACUUGUAGUGCUGUGAAGACCCUUUCUAAGCUGUAUCAUCCACACCAGGUAGUAUGUCUCUAACAACAACAAAAUGUCUGAGUACUAGUAAAUGGGAUGUUGAUUUUGUUUUUUUUGUUUGUUUUUUUUCCUUUUUCCCUUUGUGUAGUUGGUAGGGUUGAGUGUUACUUUCUACCGUUGGUUCUUUACUUUCAAGGCAUUUAUCUCAUGUCCUGAGUCAGUGAGAAAGCUACACCACUGUCUAUAUCCUUUUCCAGGUUCUCUAAGCCUGGGGAAAGAAUUUAAUCAAUCUCAAACAUUCAUUUGUAAAGUUAAUUUAAAACACACACACACACACACUCUCUCUCUCUCUCUCUCUCUCUCUCUCUCCCAUCCUCUGAAAAGUGCUAUUUUAAGAGCAGGUAACUUCAAAAUCUCGCACUAGUAAGUGUUUCAGGAAGCAGAAUGGUAGGUAAGCAGCUGGUGGUCCUGACCAAGCAUCCACCAGCAUCCUCUUCCCCAUACACCUGGCUUGAAUACACAUCCCUGGAAGAGUCACCCUUCGUACACACAUCACAUGCAUCAUAUUUAUACAUAUCAUACAGUGUAUAUAGCUCAUAGAUGGAUUCUUGUUCCUAAGGCGUGCAUCAUGAAGACCCUGGAGCUGCACUCCCUUACACAGUAUUAUUACUUUUCAAAUUUUGCAUUAUUACAUAUGUAAACUCAUGCACUGUCUGGACAUGAGUCCUACAGCCUUACCUUUAAAUAAUCACAGUUUCUUGUAGUGUUUGUUCAUUCUGUGAAAUGGUUACCAGAUCAGUUGAGUAAUAAAACAAAGUGGUGUCAUUAAAAAAAAUCAUGUUGAAUAUGAACCCACAA